AUGUCGAAGCGAAAGGAAGGUGGCGAGGGAGGGACCAAGAGUGAGUCGGUAGACACACUCUCUGCCUACCUCCAGAAGAAGUCGCCGCUUCUGGGCUCCCUGGAGUUCGAUACCAGCAUACCGGAGCCGCCGGUGGAUGCCAACCUGCUGACGUACGAACUCAAUGAAGACGCAAUCGCAUACGAACUGUCGGCGCUGGAGCUGUACGCCGGAUUCACUUCCUUCCGCGAUUUCGAAAAUGGAGUUACCUGCGAAUCAUUCGAACCGGCCAGCUACUCAAACUACGCCAUCGAAAACCAGGAGCUGCUAGACGAACUAGGAGCGUAUGCGCAGAAUCUAGAUGCUGCUGGGAUGGAGCGCCUGACCCGACUGCGGGCGGAGGCGUUGCAAACCCGGGAAAUGCAGACUCUGUACCCGCUCAUAAACAAGUUGCGGGACGCGAUGCCCAAUGACGUAAGGCAUGUUCUGUUCGCUGCCGAGGGGGUGGAACCUAAAGGGCCACCAGCUGACCGGGUCCCGGUAACGCAACCCGACAGCAGUGCGGAUGACCAGGAGGACGCGGUGCGGGAGAAGUGGAGCUCAAUGAGCGUCGCUGAGCGCAUUGAGCACCACAUAUCACAAAUAAACGAUACGUUCGUGUCGGCGUCGUCUCUCAAGCACCCAACCAACCCGCGGGCGAAAAUCGCAAAGCACUACAAGGUCAUGCCCAACGUCGGCCUCUGGAAAAAUCGCUACGUGCAGGUCGGCGUCGACGGUGUCACGUCGGCAUCAGCCACCGAGGAUGCCGGAAAGCUGGCUGUUGGCGGUAUUUUGCACGUUGCAAAGGACAGUGCCACACAACGCCUCUACGAGUACUACAAGAGCGCCACGGAAGACGAGGAACAGGACGUCAAACACAACCCGGGGUCGCAAGAGCUGUUCAAAUUUGUGCGGAUGUACUCCUGCCAGCAAUCCACCAAGGUCGAGGGCAACGACAACUACUUCCUCAUAUCGCUACCGCCGCGGCUGCACAACAAGGUGAAGACCAAUACUGGGGCGUCGGGCAUGGCAUCUCCGAGGCCGGAUGAGAUGGACAUCGAAGGCGAUGAGGAGGACGAUCUGGCAGAUUCUGUCGUGCACAUCCUCCCAGUCAAGGGGCAGAAGAUGGUGCUCACAAAAGCGGGAAAGGCCAAGGUACCGGACAUUAUGCUCACAUAUACAGAAGAUAUUGUGCUACGGCAAGAUUAG